AUGAUCAAUAAAGAAAAAAAUAUUAUGCUGAUGUACAAUUUAGUAAAAUAUUUUCCUAAAUGUAAUAAAAUAAUAGUAAAAUAUGAAGAACCUUUGCCUAGUGGUACACACCCCUGCACUAAUGGAUUUAUAGGCGCAAACCAUGAAUUAAAACAAAAAUUUAAGGGUGCUAAAUGCAGUGCAGCCAUUAAUUUUGCUUAUAACAUAAUGAAUAAUUCUGAUGAAGUAAAUAAUGAUGCAUUAUGUUUUUUCCUGUAUUAUUGGUUAUAUAAAGUAUUUAAGGCUAGUGAUAUAGUUAGUACAAGUGCAUUUAGUAUUUAUAAAGCUAUACUUAGUCAUGUAAGCUCAGGAAAUACAUUAUGCAAAAAAUAUAUACGAAAUUCUAUUACGGAUUAUGAAUUGGCUUUGCUGAAUAUUUUGAGUGAUUUAUAUAAAACAUUUAAUAAUAUAAAUGACAGUGAAGAAUGGAAUACAGAGGACAGUUUUUUAUUUGAAUUAAAAUAUAUUAUAUCUGAAUAUAAGAAAGGAAUAGAAGAACAAUAUAGUAACAUUGAUAAAUCACAAAUAUCAACGCCCUGCCAAAAUAAUAAGGCAUUUACAUUUAUAAUUCCACUUGUUCUAAUAUUAACAACAUUCUUUAUUUUAUUGAUUAUUUACAGGUUCACCUCAUAUGGUUCAUAUAUACUCAGUGGAAUAAAACGCAUAAGGAAUAAAUGGAAUAACAAAAAUGAAAAAUGGGCUAUUAAUAAAUCAUACGAAAUAUCAAGUAACAUUCCAAGUGAUAUGAGAUAUAUUUUAUAUAUAUAA